CCAGUAGCGCCAUUUCAAUGCAGUUGUUUGUAUUGUAGAAGUUUCCUGCUUUCAGUGCAGUCGUUCGAACGGUCAAAUUUUGUUGAGUUGAGUGCUGAAAGCGUUCUGCUGUGGGGCGAAGGCACUCUGUGAAGCUUUAAACUUAAAUAAGCUGUUCUCUAACGACGCAGCUGCUCAAACUCCUGUGUACUUAUGGUUGUCAUCACUAUCCGUUCGAUUCGUACAUGAUAUAGCGAUAUGAAAUCAUCAUCGCAAACGACGGUAAGAAACUAUUAUCACGAUUUUCUAUCACAUAUUUUUUUCUCAGUUCGUUUUCGGUUCGGAAAUAUCAGCUCUUAAAAGUUUAACAUAUUAGUUUAGUGAUGUAUGUUUUGGAUGAACUCCUGUCGCCUUGUAAAUUCUAAUUUUUUUUCAUCCAUUCGUUUAUAAGCUUACAUGCGAUUAGCAAGACCUGCAGUUGGUAAACGGGUCCUUCAUUUGACUUGUCACUCUCUUAUGAAUUAGCUGAAAAUUGAUUUCUGCAUUUAUAUUUGCGCGUUUUUGACGUAAUCUUCUUGGGAAAUGAUCAAUUGCGAAAUUGACAAAGGUACGAAAUUCUAAGAUUUCGUUUCAUUAAUGUGUAAGUCCUGUCUUCAAAUAUCUUAUCUUUCUUUUUCUCUAGAACAUUGACAAAAUGGGCAAAACCCGAUGCUUGACGGCUGCUGGGCGUUUAUCGUUCCAAAACGAUGCUCAUAUCCGAAAAGUGCUGGAAGCCCUCAACGAGCAACGGGAAAGCGAGCGCUUCUGUGAUGCAGUUGUGAAAGUUGGUGGCAGGGAGAUGAAAUGUCAUCGCUCUAUUUUGGCCGCUGCAAUUCCUAAACUGCUAGAAAAUCAAAGCGAGACAGAGGAGACCGUUUUAACAGUGGCCCUGGAAGGUUUGGAUUCUACUGCAGUGGAAGUAUUGAUCGAGUUCGCGUACACCGCUCAGCUAAACGUGUCUGCGGAAACUGUUCUCGGCGUUUAUCACGCAUCGAAAUUUCUAGGCAUGAAAGACGUUCAAGACUCUUGCGAGCAGUUUAUUGAAGAGAAAAUUCUUCCCUUAGAUUGGAGGACUGUGAGAAGCUUCGCCGAGCAACAAAGAUGCGCUAAUUUGCUGACCGCAGUCGAUAAAUUCAUCGAAAAACACGUGGAGGAAAUUUAUCACAACAAAGAUUUCUUCCAGUUGCCGCGUCUUCAAGUCGAACUCGCCACCACUCGAAAGAGACAGAACGAGAGCAUCGAUUCCGAGAAGCUCUGUAAUGUCGCCAUAAAGUGGGCUCAUAAACAACUGGAGGUGAGGAACUUAAAAAAGCCAUAGUUUAGUAGUUGAUUAUUUUUCUUGCACCUCCAUGUUACGGGAUAUACGACCGCAGAAAAUAAGCCCCCACAGCGCGCGCGCACUUUUGAAAUUUUGAGUUAUCGUUUAAACAGACUUUCCCAUAUUUCGAUAGGUUUGAAAUUUUAAGUUUUAAAGUUUUUUUUGCGGGGGUUUCAAGUUCGCUUUUUAAAGUCAGAACAGUAAAUAAUACUUAUAUGUGGUGCAUUCUAUGAGAGUUUCACGGGAAAGCGUUUUUUUCCGCGCGGGAAGUUUAGUGAUAUCAGACUUUCUAUAUUACAUACCGGAAGCAAACAGGGUGCACAAAAUACGUGACUCGAUUUUCGUUCCUUUACUCGAACGAAGUGAAACCUCAUUUUUUUACAAAUAUUCAGCAAGUUGGAUUAUCUUCUGUCAUUAGUUAGACGACCUAUUGUUUUCUGCAAACAAUUAGAUUGUUGAAGUUUUGUACUUGUCUUUCAUUUUUCUGUGGUAAACAACGUGAAUAAUUUUCAGAAAGUGCUCCUACACAACUAAUUUUUGUAACCAGUGCAUUUUUUAGUUUAGGUGUAUUAUUCCCUUUCCUUUGAACCUUUUUCAUGACGCUUAGAAUGCCCUGACAACUAAUUUACAUCAUAGCAAGACAUUGUGAUGGAAAGCAAUAUGUCAUAGUUCGUGAAAAUUGUCUUUCCAGUCUGUUUAAUAUUUAUGUCACUUUUCACUAUUUCAUUGACUUGUAUCAUAAUUUGAAACCUUCCAUGGCUAAUUAUGGACCAUUUCACCUACAAAUACAAAGUAGCAAUUCAAAUGUUUUAUUCGAAUAAAACAUAAACCCCUAUCUUUCAAAUGUGAGAAAGUUCUUAAAAUGUUUGCUCCAUGUUUACGUAAAUCCAACUGGUCAACAUACGAUACCUACAUGGUGGACUCGAAAAUAUUCUCUACCUUACCCCAUCUCACAUUGUACAAUGUUUUUGUUUUCUGGUGAGAACUCAGUGGACCCGACAUCUAAUUAGUGUGUCCUUGUGACAGAUAAGUAAUUGGAAUAAUUUUUAUCAGCUUCAUUUUCACCUCUGUCAUCUUGUUAAUAAAGGUAGCCUUCUUCGUAGUAAAUUAUGUAAAUGAUUCCAUUUGUUUCAAAACUGUUCUUUUCUUAGCUGCACUCCAUAAAACGGAAACAUUUUAAGGUUAACAGUUAUGUCUGGGCCCUUUCAAUGUAUUUUUUUUAUAACAAGCAGGAAAAAUGUUAUUAUCUGUCAUUCUUGAGACAUUCCUGAUGAGGUACUCUAUACUAGAGGAAUUGCUAUUUAAAUAAAUUAUUAUUUUUAUUUGGUUACUUUUACAGGAAGGGGAUAUAAGCUUAACAGUGUUACUGGAAAAAACCCACAUCAUGUUCCUCACUUCCGACGGUGAGCUGAAAGAGUGUACCAUGGAAGAUCUUUACUCAAAUGAUGAAAAGUCUGAACUAAUCACAACAGAAGCUCAGAGGGAGUACAUCCGAUAUACGUGUACUUCACAGGAACAGCUGUCCAAACAUGAGGCAAACAGCAGUGAAGACGAGGAGGAAUUGAUAGUUCUUCUUGAAAACAAUAAUAACAAGAAGAGGCAGUCUUGGAUAGUGGAGAAGGAUUUCCGUUUGAUUGGUGCUGUCCAGACUAGUGACAAUGGCUGUACGGGAUUGGCAGUUGUCGGAGGAUUGUUGGUGGCGAUAUCAAUACAUUCACAAACCCAGUACUGCUCCAAUAGCUCAGACUCUGGCGACUCGUCAUCUGGAGAAGAGUGGGUUCUGAUAGCCCCAAUGAACAGAGGUGUGUACAAGCUUCUAAUUGCAAGAGUUUCCCUGGGUAAUGUAUAUGCAUUAUUGACCAAGUGUGAGGUCAAGAUGCUGGAUAUUGGACAAGUUCUUUGUAUUCGGCCAUCUUGACCGAACAAGCUAGGUCAAUAAAGGAUUUAUUAUAUGGCCAAAAAGAGAACUUUUACUCUGUAGGUUACAUACAAAUUGCGUGAUUUUUAAGUUCAAUGUCAAACUGCUUUUGAGUGUCGUCAUUUUCUUCACAACAAUGUAUAAUAAUUUUUAAGAUUUGGAUUUUGUGAUUUCGGGACUGAUCAAGGUCUCAGUAAGUGUUGUCAGCUCCAAGCAAAUCACUUUCCUUGACCUUGUUUAUUCUGGACUUCUCAAGAACCUCAUCCAGUAGUUGUUUAAUCACACCAUAGGACUCAAAAGUGAGAACUACAUACAGAACAAGUAGUACCAUGUCAAAGGCUUCCUGAAACGUUAAUAGCCAAACCAUGCAUGCAGGAUUUCAGCUACAACACCAAAUGUUAGAAUUGUCUCAAGUUUCUCUAUAGAUGACACUGCAAUAGAAAAAAAAAAAUGUUUCAGACUCAGCUGUACCUGUUCAUGUGGUCUGUAUUGAUCCUAUGACUGGCCACUUUGAAAAGCCUAAGGUCACCAAACAUUGUAGACCCUUUAACUCCUGAGAGUGAUCAACAUCAAUUUUCUCCUUACAAAAUUGAUACAUAAUCAAGAUAAAAGGUGAUGGGAACUAAUAAAAUGGUCAUCUAAGGGAAAAUGAUUCACUCUUUUAUCAAAUUCUCUCAACUCAUUCUUUAGCAAAACAUAUGGAGAUCAGUCUGGAGAAUUUGUAUGUGGAUCUUAGAGCUUAAAAAAAUAAGAGCUGUCUUUUUUCUCUGACAUUUCCAGGUCGCUGUAGCGUGGGAGCAGUCAAUCUCAAUGGAAAACUGUAUGCAAUUGGUGGCUAUGACCGAGGUGACUGCCUGAACACCGUGGAACUGUAUGAUGCACAGGUCAACGAGUGGAUGCCUGUCACCAACUUGAAUUCUUCCAGAGGAAGGCUGGAGUCUGAAGUGGUAAACGGCAAGGUGUAUGCCAUUGGUGGCUCAAAUGGACACACGGAACUCAGUACAGUCGAAACAUAUGAUGAAACUACAAACACCUGGACUUUUGCACCAUCCAUGCUGCAGUGCCGUUGCAACUUUGGAACUGGGGUGAUCAAUGGACGCAUCUAUGCUGUUGGGGGCUAUGAAGGUCCCAGGAACCUGAAAAGUGUUGAAAUGUAUGAUCCUGUGACAAAAGAGUGGAGGAGAGUUGCACCCAUGAACACUGAAAGAAACAACUUGUGCGUGGAAGCUUUGGAUGGCAAGCUAUAUGCUGUUGGGGGCUACAAUGGAUGGACAUGUUUCAAUACUGUGGAAUGCUAUGACCCUGAAGAAAAUCAUUGGUCUUUGAUUCCACCAAUGAAGAUUGCCCGCCGCGGUGCUGGUGCUGCAGUCCUUCACGGCAAGUUGUAUGUGAUUGGUGGUUAUGAUGGGACAAACUUCCUUAACAGUGUUGAGUGCUAUGACCCCUCCACAAAUGAAUGGAAACAUGUGGCCAGUCUUAAUACCUCUCGUCACAAUGUAACGGCAGUUGUCAUCGGUGACCACAUUUACGCAGUGGGUGGGUUUGGUGGCUCUUCAUUCUUGAACUCCCUUGAAUGCUAUGACCCCAAGAGUGACAAGUGGUACUGUUUUGUAAAUUGCAAACAUUAAAGAAACUAUUGGGAACCUUUCAUGUACAUUUAGAGUGAUCGUGGUGCCAUUCAGAUUUUUCUUUUUAAGAACAGCAGCUCUGUUGUUGGCUGUUUUGUGAAAGAGUGCCAUAAAUGGUAAUGAUGAUUAUUUAUGUUAUUUAAAUUUUUAAAAGUUCUUAAAAAAACGUAUUUGAAUUAUUGAAGGACCUGGUUGGAUAAGGGGGUAGAGUACAAUCCAUUCUGCCUUCUAUUUGGUUUAAAAUUAUUGACCAACAAAUUGUUAUUGAAGAGAAUUAAUUCUGUUAACUAUUUUUAAGGAAAAAAGCUUUUGAAUUAGCUAAGCGUGCUAAAUGAAGUCAGAGAUUGAAAUUUCGGCUCUGAUUAGUUACCACCAAGGAAAUAUUGUUAUUUUUCUUGUUUGGCUUGAUGUGGUAUAAUUUUAUGCUAAGGUACACAUCUGUUCUUUGUUUUGCAUAUUUUUCUUUGGAAAUAUUUACAGACUUGCCUUUUCUCUUUGAUGUCUGGUCAGUAACUAUGCUAAAUGUAGAUUUGGUGAAUUUUUUUAGCAAAAUUGUAAGUAAAGUUUCAAAUGGCAAUACCAUCCAACCAGAAUAUCUCCUUCAAGAAAAAUACAAUGUAAAGAUGACAAACAGGGCCAAGUUCUUUGAAGGACAAUUAGCGCAAAUCUGGGGCUAGCAAAUUAGCCCAGGAUUUUAGCUUACCUGCUUCAAACACCUUAGCCCAGAAGUUUAAUGAUUAUUUAAUGAUUAAUUUAUUAAGUGGAAAAGCAGUAGAUGAGCUCAACUUUUAACUUAAUUUUUCUACAAUUUUUUAUUAGCAUUCCAAGAUUUUGUUCCAGUUCAAUUUUUUAUGUACUGCAGUAAUAAAAUCUUUUAAUCUUAAUAAAGGGAAUGUAAAAACCAAGGAAACCAUAAUAUUGCAUCUGUUACAUAUAUGUUUAUUUCUUUGGUUGAAGCAAGACAGCUGAGCCUGCUUGCUGCUGACAAGGCAAACAAACAAGAAAUGAGACAAAAAGCCUUCAACGUUGUGGUUGAACAGCCUCUGAAUGUUGUUUCUGCCAAAGUCAUUUUAUCAACUUAAUCUUUUUUCAACUCAAUACAUUUUUUUAUGGUACCAUUGAUGAUAAUAUACAAAUCAAGACCUUUUCUCCUUGUUGGUCAGUCCUCUUAUUUUUUUGAUAACGCAGAGAUUUUUUGUAAGGAGAAGUUCAUCACUGCCCAUUUGUUUGAGCCUGUGAGGUUAGAGGUUCUAUUUUAUCAGAGUUCUCAUUUUUUCUUCACUUUAGAGAAUAAAAGUAAAGUGUGUGAGAUUGUUUCUAAAUUUUGUUGUUGAAAAUACAUUAAGUGUGAGGUUACAUUAAAUUAUUUAAGAUACUUUUUACAAUUUUCUUUGAUUGACCUUUUGAACUCCACCAGAAGAAUGACAAUAGAAUUGUCAUAUUUUAAUCAGAAAGUACAACUAGUUAAGGGCAAGUGGAGUAAUGCUUAAAGAAGUGAGCCCUGCUGUAUAUCAUUUUGUAGCUAAUUUUUUAUUUUAGUUAGUUUUUGGAUAAAUUAUGGUAAUGUAUGCUAAUGAAUUUGAAACAAGGGAAAAACAAAAAUUAACUGAAAUAAAAAAUUAACUACAACUUAUACAUACAUGAUGAACAAAUCUUUCAUUUAGUUACCACUGUGUGCGAGAUUAAAAUAUGGCAAUAAAUUUAGUGUUGUGAGCAGAUGUUUUUAUUUGUGUGCAUGGACUGAGUACAGCAGAAUCAAGCAAGGAAACAAAAGGUUCUACUGGCUGGGUUAGCCUGUUCCAGG